AUCUCUCUCUUUCUUUUGGUUAGUAGGCAUAUCACGUAUAUUAGGAUGAGCCAGAGAAGUUUCUCUACCCAGAAGGGUCAUCACCUAAAACCAGAUCUGACGUCAAAGCAAAAGGAGGACAUCGCUGAGGCGUUUUGUAUGCUUGACAUGAACGGCACGAAGGCCAUGACGCCAAACGAUCUCAAGGUUGCACUACGGGCACUAGGUUAUGAACCGAAGAGGGAUGUAGUUCGUAACUUGAUUGCCAAAAUGGACCGCAGUGGCGUUUCUAACAGCAUCGUUUUGGCUGAAUUUGAGGAAAUCAUGCGCCAAGCCUUUUUCUUAGAAGAUAAUGACGAGGAGUUGGAACUGGCAUUUCCACUCUUUACGCAGGGAAAAUCCGAGUUUAUUACAUUAGAUGACCUAAAGCGAGUUGCAGCUGAAGUAGGUGAGAGCAUGCCAGAUGAGACGCUCAUGGAAAUCAUAGAGAAGGCCGAUGUGCUGGAUCACGAUCAUCGCAUAUCUCGGCAAGAAUUUAUGAAAAUGUUGUCAUCUGAGGAGAACAAACACUAAGGUCUUCAUGAGGCAUUACUUUGCAACCCAGGGGGAGAAUUAACAUGGAUUGGUAUGCUAUACUUUUAGGAGCUCUCUUACCAUCAGUACAACUCGAUAUCCCCGCCCCCCAUCCCCCUUCCCUUCCCUUCCUCUUCUCUUCUUUUGUAUAUCUGAUGGAUGUAAUAUUAUCAAAAAA